CAUCACCCCCAACGGUAAGCCUUGUUUACUUCCUCAACAACUCGCUUCAAAAGAUCUACAAGAACACAUUCGCUGUUUGUACAAGCACAUUCGCUUUGCUUGCUUUUCCUUGCCACAUUCGCUCAGCAUCUCUCCCCUGAUUCAACGCACACACUUCUAUAUCUGAUUUCAUUCCGUGAUACAACAUGCAUACCUCGAUUGCCUUGGCCCUGGCAGCCAUUGCUGGCUCGACACUUGCUCUGCCCCAAGGUGAAGGAUGGACAAACUGGAACUCAACCUCUGUCGUCCCCGGCUGCCCGGCUCCAAGCACAGUGACCGUCCCGACUACCGUCGUCGUUCCCACCACUGUGACUGUUCCAAGCUACGUGACUGUUACCGCCACUUUCACUCAGACUGAGUGUGGCUGGAACGACUGGACGAGCACCACGACCAUUCCAACGGUACCAACCACUACCACCCCGGCCCACGGCUGGAAUGACUGGACCAGCUCGUCCACCACCACCGUGCCCACCACUACAACCUCGGCCCAUGGCUGGAAUGACUGGACAAGCUCCUCCACCACCACGACGACAGUGCCUACCACGACAACCACCACGACCAAGGGAUGGAACGACUGGACCAGCUCGUCCACCACCACCACCACCACUAAGCCAGUGACCACAACCACUACAACCACCACGACAACGGUCCCAACCACAACCACCACUUCCAGCAGUGGGUGGGGUGACUGGACUACAACCACUACCACCACCAAGCCGGUGACCACAACCACCACAACUACCACCACUACUCCCGUGAUCACGACCACGACAACCCCAGCCCAGACUUCCACCUGGGGAGAUUGGGAUGGCGCCAGCACCACCGUGGUGGCUCCUGUCUACACCACCACAGCUGGCUGGAAAUAAGUGACGCGGUCAAAAGCGUGAAAAGUCUAUGGGUUGACUAGUGAUUUUUUUCGUUUCUCACAGCACGCCUUCAGGCGCGGUUCAGAAGACAUACAGUCCUUACGAUAUUAUCAUUUGUAAUGCAUCAUACAUGCAAGCGCUGGGAGGGUUUGACCUUGGAUGGUGUCUUUGCAUAGCGCGGCUCGGCUUGUGGCCGAUAUAUCGGAUAUACAUAUACCUAAAUGAUUAAUACCCACUAGCAUUCAUAGCAUCCCAACUU